AUGGAUUCCGACGUGAACGGAUCCUCGGGGGUAGCCGCUGAAUUCGAAGAUAAAAGGCGGUCAAAGAAGAAUUCGUCAAACCCGCAGGGCCGCGAUGGGUCGCCCGAGCCCACCAGACCUGCCGACACACCAAAGAUGUUUGUUUCUGGACCACCGAAGCGUCUUUUUGCUAGUCAAGCAGGCUGCUCAUCAACAAAUCCAGUCCCGAAUAUAGCUGAUGACAACCAAUUAACUUCUGGUGACGGGUGCGGAUCUGAAUACGUCCGUUCUUCAUUUGAUGAUCUCACUGGAACCGUUCCCAUGCGCCCGGGAAAAACCGAGGGUUCGAUUAAGCUGAACAUCCCGAAUUUGUCGUCACUGCGUGCUAAGGUGAACACCUCGUACCAUAACAUCGCAAAUCUUCCCUGGCGACUCGCUGCAAAGACCGAAUGUACAAAACGCACUUCCCACGUGAAAUAUUUCUCCGUGUACAUCGAUUGCAAUCCGGAAAGUGAGAGCACAUUGUGGAGUUGCGAUGCGGUGGUGGAAUUCCGGCUAAUUUCGCUGAAGGACGGUGUCCCCGACUUCUCGCGCCAUUUCACUAACAAAUUCAACUACAACUCGAACAAUUGGGGCUUCCCUUCAUUCAUGGAAUGGACGGAUAUCUUGAAUCCCGAGAAGGGCUAUAUUAGAGGCGAUCGCGUUGUAGUCGAGGCGAAGAUCACCGUGCAAAAAGUCGUUGGCGUCAGGCGACUUCCCUCUUUUGAAUUCCUGAACCCGCUGCCAACAUCUUCUGCAAUUUUGGUAAUUGAUGGAAUGCGCCUGCACGUCAGCAAGGAGUACCUGGCCCUCCACUCGCCCGUCUUCAACGCCAUGUUCUACUCCAACUUUUCGGAGCGAGAAAAGAAGGAAAUUCCCGUCGAGGACGUGAUUUUCGACGAAUUCGUCGAGCUGCUGAAUGUGGUCUACCCGUCUCGUCGGCCAGUAUCUACGGAAAAUGUCGAAUUUUUACUGGAGCUAGGCGACAAGUUCGAGAUGCAAUUCGUGCUAGAAGAAUGUGAACGUUUCCUGAUCAGCUCGGAGGAUAUUGGGCUGGUGACAAAGCUCGUCUGGGCCGAUCAAUAUAUUUUGGCUAAAUUACAGCAUUCCUGCAUCCACUCCCUGAAGACCUACUCGGACGUGCGCGCCAUCAAAAACACCGAAGAAUACAAGAACCUAAGCGACACAACGAAGACGGCGUUGUUGGAGAAGGUGUUCAAAGUCGUCAAAGAA